CAGAGAUCAAUGGACUCCAAGCUGCUCGCCCUGGCCGCGGCCGCACUAGUGCUAGUGCUGGCCCUGUUCCCGCCGGCGCCGGUGUCCGGGCAGGCUGUGGCGACGUCGUGCACGGCGUCGCUCAUCACCAGCUUCACUCCGUGCCUCGGGUACAUCACCAACAGCACCAGCGGCGGGGGUUCGUCGCCGACGGCGGACUGCUGCCGGUCCCUAGCGGGGGUGGUGAACGUGAGCACGAGCUGCGCCUGCCUCAUCCUCACCGGCAACGUGCCUCUCGGUCUGCCCAUCAACCGGACCCUCGCCGUCACGCUGCCCAAGGCCUGCAACUCCAUGUCCGUCCCGCUUCAGUGCAAAGAUACGUCGGCUCAGCUCCCAGCUCCAGGUCCCGUCGGAGUCUCUCCUGCCAUGCCGCCGCUGCCGCCAAUGACGUCGGAGCUGCCGGCGCCGACGCCGACGCCGGAGCCCACCGCGACGAUGCCGCCGAGCAGCCCGAGCCAAGGGCAGACAAGACCGCAGGUGGUGCCCAGCUCUGCCUGGAGGGCCGCCUCUGGUGUGCCCGUGCUGUCUGCUUUCGUUGGAGCCAUGCUGGUUUGAGCUGAGCACGCACUCGCUGUUGCUGCAAUACGUGUUGAUUAUGUAUGUAUUUUACGCUUGUGUAGUUGCACAGUUGUAAACGUACCGGUGUUCUGUUUGUUUUGAAUUGUAUCUGUAUGUAUACAUUUUUUUGUUGUUGUGACUGAGUUGAGCUAAAUAAUAAGAUGGAAUUCCGAAUUCCCGA